CUUUCGGAUCUAUCUUUACCACCAUGACGUUUCCUUAAUUAUCCGAAUAGUCCGCAGCAGCUUCUUUUUUUUUUUUAUUGUUUUAGAACCAACUACAAUAAGAAGAAAAAGAAAAAAGCUGAUGCCAUUUUUUUUUCUUUUUUAAUAGAGAACAGGUACGUUUACGUCAAGACGCUCCAAUGAUGGAAUAUCACAUUCUGGUGAGGAUAAAUAAUAAAAACGAAAAACGCGGUGUACCAAAAGUCGGCUUUGAUACUAUUUCCUAAAAGAGGUUGACCUGCGUGGGCCCCAAAUUAUAAAAAGGGAUUUUUUUUUUUUUUAUUUACAAAUCAUUUAUCCUUUUCUUCUUCUUUUACAUACACUUUUUUUUUUAAUACCACAUUCCCCAUAGUAACAAAAUGAUGGACACUUCUCAGUUGACAACAAAUAAGAACCAAAAAGAAUUCCAGGAUAAACUUUAUAAUGUUGAUUUCCAUGCACCAGCCAAAAUAUUUCAAAACAAGCAUGCUAUUCAUCAAUUUGAAAACGUGACUCCCGAUGUUUCAAGGCCUGGUACACCUUUAUUAACACCUCACUAUCCCAAGUAUGAAUAUGGAUCCGAUACAUCCUCCGUUGGAUUUCCUUCUCCUUCAUUACCUCCCACAGCAGUUCACACACCGCCUUCAUUAUCACCCCAACACAGUGCUACUGCUACUGGUAGUACCACUGCCACCGCCACCAAUACUAAUGCCCAGGCCGAGACCGGCACUCACUCUCAUUCGGACGAUAACGAAGAUACCCUUUCGUCUGGUAGUGCCCCUUCCGCCAGUUUCUUAUCAACAUCCGCAUCUGCAUCACAGUCUUCCUUGCAUGCUAGACCCACUACACCUUCUCAAUUCGUCUUUAAGCGUCCUCAAUACAAUAAGGAAUACCAUCAUACCCAUUUCCAUCAUUUAGAAAAGAAGGACACUAUCCUUCAUGACCUCAAAAAGUUUUUCAAAUCAGAUAAGAAGAAGGAAAAGAAGAAGCCUACAUUGACCAAGAGUUCUAGUGAAAUUUCCUUUGCCAAUGAAUUUAACCGAGAUUUAGAAGGCAAAUACGGCAAAUGGGGCCGAUUUGUGGGUAAAGGAGCAGGUGGUUCAGUUAGAUUGAUCAGAAGAAGUAACGACAGCAAGACAUUUGCCGUCAAACAGUUCCGAAAGCGAUCCCCCAAUGAACCCGAGAAGGAGUACGUAAAGAAAGUGACGGCCGAAUUCUGUAUUGGGUCUACUUUACAUCAUGUCAACGUCAUUGAGACACUAGACAUUAUUCAAGAAGGUCAUAAUUUUUAUGAGAUUAUGGAAUUCGCACCCAAUGAUUUAUUCAAUAUUGUGAUGAGUGGUCAAAUGUCACGUGAAGAGGUUGCUUGUUGCUGGCGUCAGUUAUUAAACGGUGUAGAGUAUAUGCAACAAAUGGGUUUAGCACAUCGUGAUCUUAAGCUGGAUAAUAUGGUGUUGGAUGAACGUGGAAUUGUCAAGAUUAUUGAUUUUGGUUGUGCAGUAGUGAACAAGUACCCUCAUGAAACGCGAGUUCAUAAGAGUAAAGGCAUUUGUGGUUCUGAUCCUUAUAUUGCACCUGAACAAUUCACAGAGCCAGAUUAUGAUGCACGUUUAACCGAUCUUUGGUCUUGUGCUAUUGUCUUUAUCUGUAUGUCAAUUCGAAGAUUCCCUUGGCGUUUACCUCGACCCGAAAAGGAUCAAUCUUAUAAGAACUUUGUGACGCCUUCUUCACUGGGCGCCGAGAAAUUAUUCAAGAUGUUGCCUCGUGAAUCCAGACCGAUCAUCAGUCGUAUUUUGAACCCUAACCCUGCUGAGCGAUGUUCCUUGUCUGAUGUGCUUAAUGAUGAUUGGGUAAAGAAUAUUCCGUUCUGUACACACGAUUCCCCCGAAUUAUCUCACGCACAUCAUCUCAUGGUUGAACCAAGACCUGAGGUCAAAGAAGCCUGUAAUAUUAUUGUGCUGGAUAUUGCUCCUCCUUCUCUUUCUGAAGAUGCCUCUGAUGCUGCUACCAUUACUGUCCCUGAGCCUAAAAAGAAGCGUCAUCUUUUGAAAUCACACAAGAAGUAAAAAAAAAAAAAAUUAUAUUCCCUUUUCCUCUCUUUUCAAUUGUAUAUCCCCCAAUCAACAAACCAACCAUCUAUCUUAAAUGUACAUAAUUUUAUAUAUAUAUCAUAAUAAAUCUUCUUCUUUUUUUUAUUUUA